AUGUUUAUCAAAUUAACCACGCUUAUUGGAGACCUGGCUGGUGCCAAAGCAAUUGAUGAUUUUAAGGCAUGCGUCAGUGGCACUAAGGCUAACCAGGAUAUCAAGAAACAGGUGCCAGAGUUAAAGGCUAAAGGAGUGGACGUGUGUGUAAAUGAGAUGGAUCAAUUUGUUAAGAAUCGGGAUAAAUCUGGCGACUCUGAUACGGAAAUCAAAUUAAUUAAGGAUUGUUUUUCAACCUUGUUCAAAUCGUCACACGUUAUAAGAAAUUGCUAA